AUGUCGACGAGCGCAAACCUGCCGGCAGGAUUUUCAAUUACUUCAAUAAAUGGUGUGAGAUGUACUGCUGUUCCAAGGACGGCCAAUACAGUAUCAUCAGCAAUUACAACUGCAGUUCCAAUUCCAGUUUCUACAUCUACAUCAUCAUCAUCUUCUUCUUCUUCUUCUUCGUCUACGUCUACCUCCUCAAGUUCAACUUCGACUUCAACUUCAACUCCGGAGAGUGCCACUCAAACUCCGCAACCAACCUCAACACCGGUUAGUGUGGUCCCAGCAGUUGCGAGUUCACCAGUGGCUGUUGCGGUGGGAGGACCAGUGGUACAAUCGUCAAGUACGACUACGAGUGCAGUUGAACCAAAACCAACUCCACCAACCCCACCUCCACCUCCACCUCCACCUCCACCUGCACCAACCCCAGUAGCUACCACCUCAAGUGCAUCCCAAACUCAAACAACUUCAACAAACAUCAGUACGACAACAUCACCUAGCCCAGCGUCUAAAGGCACGACGCCAACUGAGUCAUCAAGUACUUCAAUAGCAAUUGCUCAAAGUCAGAUAAGUACUACAGCUACAUCCAGUCAUGAUCCCGCAACCCACGAUCCCAGUGUCGGUCAUGCAACUUCAGUCGUGAGCGCAACAGCAUCUUCAACACAAUCGGUUGAGUCAACAGCUGCAGGUGGAAUUUCUUCGUUGGGUCGUCUCAUGACUGCACCUGUAAUUGGAGGAAUACUGGGCGGAAUCGGCUUUCUUGCAUUAAUAGGAUUGAUCAUAUUCUGCUGUAGGAGAAGAAGAAAGUCAAAGAGAAACUCUCUCCUCACACCUCUGACAAACGGAACUCAAGACCAGUUCUAUGAUAUUGAUAAGAAGGCACAAGGCCAGUAUUACGAUAUUUAUGAUGAUUCCGUAGGAUCAGCGGGUCGAGGUACAAACUUUAAAGCACAAAUAGGGGGUGUUGCGACAAAUUUUGGCGCAGGUUUAGCUGGUAUAGGUUCUACUCUUAAGAAUCAUGUUCAGCCAGGAAAUAAGCCAACCGUGAAUCUUGAUAGAGGGAACUCACAAUUCUUUGAAGGUCCAAUUCCAUAUCAUAGCAGGAACAACUCUUCGGCAUCUGCACAUGCAUUGCACUACGCCGCAAAAGAUCGAGCAGAUGACUUCACGAAUAAAGUUAAAGGUGUAUUUCGAAAAACCCCGAAAGAAGAACAGGAUCCUUUUGCAAUGGCACGUGGAAUGUCGGAAAGGCAGGACUUUGGCAAUCUGAUGGACAUGGAUGAUCGUAAUUUAUUAAUGAAAGCUGAGCGUCGCCGUCUUUCUCUUUCUUCAAACUCGGGAUCCGGACAAAUGUUCGGUAGUUUGGGGUUAGACUUCGGUAUUCCACAAGAUCCGUUUGCGGAUCCUGCUUCAAGAAACUUGAAUACCAAUCCAUUUGCGGACCCGAACAAAUGGGAUUCUAUUUCUCGGCCUGGCCCUGCCAUUCCGAGGACCAGUACAUAUAUCAGCGACGUCCGUCGUUCUCGUGGCGAGUCAUUAGACAGUACUACUCGAGGUCAUAAGAAUGCACCAAGCAGUGUCUAUGGGCCGGCUGCAUAUCGCACUCCAAGCAUCAGUAAUGUAUCACGGUAUCCCUCAAGUAUAGCACCCAGUACGGAAAGCUUUCGUGAUACAUUAUACUCUACAGCUUCCAACAUCAACAAUACACGUAGAAUGGCUGGGCGAUCUGACCCCUUCGACCUCGAGCGACCAGAACUAUGGUUGCCAAUGUUGGCAAACAGCGUCCAGAAAUCAAAUAGCCCUGCGUUGUUUGAACGUGGCUCCGAUUUUUAUCCAGAUCCAUUAACGAUGCCCACUUUUAAACCAGGUCAGGCGCCAGUAGUGCCAAUCCAAAACUUCGUGAGCAGCGACUCGAGAAUAGCAAGUCAAGGUACUUAUGAAAGCAAAUACAGCAGUAGAACAUCAAUGGGCGACUGGGGAGAUCCAGGUCCAGAUAUAGGGAGUGGACCGAGCAGUUUGGCUGGCCAAGGGUUUUAUGGUAUGAAUGGAAAUAUGAACCAACAGUGGGAUGUGAGGAGAAACGCAGAUAAUGUUAGUCCAAUGAGUGCUACAAGUAGUAAGGGAGGGGUUGGAAAAGCUAGAUGA